UCCAAUAUCCCAUGUUGGUCUUUUCCCUCUACAUUAGAAGAUAGUGACAUCUUUCCCUGAGAGUUACUGUUUUUUAUUAUUUCAGCUAGCAACGAAGGACACAUGAGUAUACUGUCUUUGUCCCAGAAGCACAGGAGCCACUACUUGCAAUAAAGCAUUGGUUUAUAUUAGCUAAACUAAUUUAAAUAUCCAUUGGAACUUUGGUUAUGGGGUCAUCAUUCUAUCAAUGAUAUCCCAUUCUCCUCUUGCUCUUUGCUCAAGUCAGCACAACUUUAACAAUAUGAACAGACAAUCAGCUACACAUAAGAUAUCAACAUUUACCAUAUUUUGAUGUUUCUGGGAGCAGCAGUUUGCUCCGUAACAGCAGCAGUGUAAAAAAACACAGUAACAUGCACAAAACGUGUUAUUCCUGAGAUGAUAUGAAUGAAUAUUAUGCUAAUUUAAUGCUCUGUGUUUUGCAGAAGUGCAUUCUAAAAUGAGAACCCUAUUAAUUUUGGGAUAUUUAUUGGGUACCUCUCUUGCCAUAAAGAUCACAAAAGAUGAUAGGAUUGAAAAUAGAGGUGUCAAAACAAGUAACAGGAUAGAAGAGUGUAGACAUUUACAGGAUCCGUAUGAUACCCAUCUAAUAAGAACUGGAUCAAAUCGAAAUCAACAAUUUCAUAGGGAAGAAAUGAGUCAAGCUAACUCAGAGGGAUUUUAUCUACAGUUCUUUGUAACUAAAGGCAAACAACCAGUGACUAACCCAAGAGCAAACAUUCAUAUAUAUAGCAACACCACAUCACACAACGAGGACAAGUUUAGUGGCAAACCUCCGUCUCAAAACUUCAGAAAAAUAAGACAAAGAAAACGGGUUAAAACACUUGAAAGUGGUUGGUUUAAAAAUAUAACCUGUGACAAAAUGGAUGAUGGUCACUUAGGCAAAGCUUGCAAAAAGAUAAUGUUAAAUAAAAGGAGUAUUAGCUACCAAACAACUCAAAACAACACAUACCGAUCUUCAGAUGAGACUGCUAACUCUCAGAACACUAGAAAUGUAAAUAAUCCCCUUGAUUUAAGUAAAUUUACUGACUCAGAUGAUUUAGAAGACAUUCCUUAUGACUAUUAUACAACUAACACACACAGCAAUGCUCAUUCAAGUGAAUUUAGUUAUCCAUCGGACUCUAAUGAAUCAAACCUUCCCAGUGGUCCAAAACAAGAUGGUGUCAAUGGUGCAUUAAACAGAUCUGGCAUUUCUAGCAGCAUCAGUGUAUCAAGUGAGUCGAGGGAGUCAAGACAAUCUGGAAGCAACAGUGGGUCAAAAGAAGUCUUAGCUAAACCGGGAAAGAACUCUAAUGAACUAAGUGCAGCAAAACCUGGCCAAAAUGAGUGAUCACCAUCUGGAAGAAACCACACAGAGUUUGAACAGACCAAUUCUAUGAAGAACAAGAUGGGACAUAUGAUUUACUUACAGUAAAUUAACAUCUUACCUUAACAUAAGUUGUAGGCUUAAGUUCAAAGGUUAUCAGCAUAAAGUAACUGUAUAGAGUACUGUACACCUGAUUUUCUGUUAAUUCACAUGCUUUAAACUCAUGAGAUUUGUGCACUCUAUAUGAGUUUUACUACAUAGACUGGAAAUAAUGAUUAUGCCAUGUUAAUUAACACUAUUAAUUAGUCAACCUGUGUGUCAAAGUUCAUUUAUUCCCUUAGGUGCAUGUUUCCAUUUGCAUUCUUAGUGUUCAUUAAUAGUUGAUCAAUGGAAGCUAUCUGUAAAACUGUUGGUGUUCAGGUAUAAUUACUCUAUAGAAGAGCCAGUAACAUUUCUACAGGAAAUGGAAUCAGCAUAUUAAAGAGGUGGUUCACCUAUAAGUGAACUCUUUGCAUAUUAUAGAAUAAUGGCUUAAUUAUUAUUUUUUUUAUAAUUUUUGAUUUUUAUUUGCCUUCUUCUGACUCUUUC